AUAACGGAAAGAAUAUGCAAAUGAAGCUUUUAGCAGCAAAAAAAAAAAAAAAAACAGAUGAAAAUGUCUGUCUUUAACACAACUGUUAACUGUACUGCCACAUUAACUAUUAAAAGAUAAGAAGUGUUCGAAAAUAUAAACGUCUUGAGCCUUUUUUGCGAGACAUUUUCUCUUACUUUACUUUCUUUAUUUAUUUAUAUUUAUUUUUUUUUGUUUUUUACCAAUAAUUUUUGAAAAAAAUAUCAUCUUAAGAAACAUUUAAUAUUCGUAUACGAUGAAAAUGUUGAAAACUCUCCUUGAGCAUUGUUUUAAGUAUGCAAACCAGCUUCAAAAUGUGGUUUAAGUUUAAAAAUGUCGUACACACAAUUAUAACAGAUACGUUACAUUUAUUAUUCUUAACAAUACUCUUGGGUUAUCCAUUCAAUGUCAACGUCUAUAAUACGCAAGCCAUGGACUAUUAUUCUUCAAUGUUUAACGCAACAGCGGCACCGACAGCAGCUUUGAAAAUAACUGCAACAAGCUUUAAAACAACAGCUGUAGCAUCGCCACAACUAAUAAAAGGAGCACGAGCAGGCCAAGCAGUACAUAAUGCUGAUAAUCUAUUUUUACUGCGUACACAACAAGAGUUUUUAAAAGAAACAACAACAACAAAUUUAACCACACAUCAUUUGCCUGAUGAUAAUGACUCAAAUAAAAUCAGUAGUUUGUACGAAGAUGAUAAUGAUGGCCCUGAUGGAUUGAUGAUGAUGAAGGAUUAUAUCAUGACUAAACAUAUUACAUCGCAUGUCAAUGUAGCAUCAACGACAAGAACAAGAACAGCAACAACAAAAACAACAAGAACAAAGACAUCUGAAAUAGCGGCAGCAGCAGCAGCAACAACAACAACAACAACAAUAACGAGAACAACAAAAACAAUGAUGAAGCCUAUAAUAUUGAGCACAACGGCAACAACGCUGAUGUCCAAUAAUUUAAUGCCAUUGCGUACAUAUUUCAACAACAAAAAUCAUUAUAUAAAAAAUUUAUCAUCAUUAUCGUUAUUAAGUAUAAAUGAAACCACAAGUUUAACAUUACCAUCCUAUUACUCUUCUUCGUAUACAUCGUUGCCGUCGUCAUCGUUAUCGUCAUCGUCAUCGUCAUCGUCAUCGUCAUCGUCAUCAUCUUCAUCUUUAGCAAACGCAAUGGCCCUGAGGCUUAACGGAAAUACCGGAAAUGUGAACAGUAACCGUAGCCGUUUGUUUGUCGGCACUAGUAAUAAUGCAACAAUUGUUACUGCCAUCGCUCUAAAAUCAACUAUGCCCACAAAAAUAGCAAACAGCAUAAGCAACUCCAACAAUUACGACCCUAGUAAUAGUACAAUAUCAACUGCCUUGGGCAGUAUUAGUUUAAGCAAUGUUAACGGAAAUAAUACUAAAACCAUCAGCAACAGUAGUAGUAGUAGGAGCAGCAGCAGCAGCAGUAUCGUUACUAGAGUUUCAGCCCGGAAAGUGGACAGCAAAUAUACACUGCCAAAGUCACAUAAGACAGAUGCACCUAUGCUGAAUUAUAUAUUCGAUACAUUCUCAUCGGCCAAUAAACAUCAUCACCACGAUCAAAGAUAUGGACCACAUUUUGAGGAUGUGCAACGAGUAGGGCAACCGACCAAUCUGACUGUACAAGCGGGCAGUAGCAUACAUUUGAAUUGCAGAAUUUCACUCCUCCAAGAUAAGACGGUCUCUUGGGUGCGCCGUAAUGUCCAGGGCGAGAAUGCUUUAGAUUUAUUAACGGUUGGCUUGCAUACCUAUACGGGCGAUAAACGUUAUAAAAUGGAGUUUCAAUAUCCGCAUAAUUGGCGUUUGAAAAUCACUAAUGUAAAAAAAGACGAUGAAGCCAGUUACGAAUGCCAAAUAUCUACACAUCCGCCACGUGUGAUUCAAAUCAAUUUACAUGUAAACGCUCCAAAAGUUAUGAUUGUUGAUGAAUUUGGUGAUCCAUUGCAAGAGAAAUACUAUGAAAUCGAUUCUACGUUACAGUUAUCAUGUAUGGUACGCAAUGUAGCGAUGAGUUCGUCAGUCGUAUUUUGGAAACAUGGUGAAGACGUUUUAAAUUACGACGUAACAAGAGGUGGUGUAAGCGUCAAAACUGAAUUGAUGGAUGAUGGCGCCAAUUCAACGCUGUUCAUUGCCAAAAUCAAUAAAUCCGAUUCGGGCAAUUAUUCGUGCUCAAUAAACGAAUAUCAAAAUUAUACCAUAAUGGUACACAUAUUAAACGGCGAAAGUUUCGCGGAACUACACCAUGGUUCAGCGAAUUCGUGGUACUCAGCGAAUUAUCAAUUGCUGUUAAUUAAUCUUAUAUUAUUAAUCAAAUUAAUUCUGUGUUGGCCGAUCAUCAAUGAUAGGUAAAAGUAAAUGUUUACCUAUAUAACGAAUAUUUUCCCUGUUAUCCUAAAGCAGCAUUCAUCACUCACUUAUCAUGUAGCGGAAUGUGGCGAAAAGGAAGGAUGAAAAAGAAAAGUAAAUAGAAACAAAAA